AUGCCUGACCCUCCGGGUGGAUGGUCUCUUACUUCUUGGGUUUUACUUGGCGCCGUUGGGUUAACAUGGGUCAUCUAUCACAACGUUUCAAAGUAUAGAAAAGUUGACUGGAAGGAAUUUACAGAUAACCUUCUACAAAAGGGCGCUGUCCAUCACCUAGAGGUUGUGAAUAAAUCUUGGGUACGAGUCCAUCUCCAACCUGGCGCAGAUUUCGAGUCCUAUGAAUCCAGUGAUCCCAACAAGAAAAUUUAUUGGUUUGAAAUCGGUUCAGUUGACACUUUCGAACGAAGUUUACGCGAUAUGGAAGCUCACAUGGGUAUAGAUCCUAUGCAUAGGACAUUUAUAACCUACAGUAGUCGUUUGAAGCUAUCAGAUGUUCUGUAUGGGAUUUUCUAUAUUUCUUUAUUCUUAAUGGCUGUAUAUUCUUUACGACCUGCAUCUGGUGGUGUUGUGCGCAAGUCAGGACUUGGGUCAGGAUUAUUCAAUUUCGGACAGUCACCUGUGCGUUUAAUAGAAAAAGAUAAGAUUGGUGUACGUUUUAGCGACGUAGCGGGAUGUGAAGAAGCAAAACUCGAAAUAAUUGAAUUUGUUAAUUUCUUAAAAAAUCCAACCAAAUAUGAAGCACUCGGAGCAAAAAUCCCUCGCGGUGCUAUUUUAAAAGGUCCUCCUGGAACUGGGAAAACUCUCUUGGCUAAAGCGACUGCUGGAGAAGCUAAUGUUCCAUUUCUCUCCGUUUCUGGAAGUGAAUUUCUAGAGAUGUUUGUUGGUGUAGGGCCUAAAAGAGUACGUGAUAUGUUUGCCUCUGCACGAGACAAAGCUCCCUGUAUAUUAUUUAUCGAUGAAAUAGAUGCUAUCGGUGGCAAGCGGUCUGGUACAGCCUUUGGUCAUCAGGAACGGGAAAAUACUCUCAAUCAACUACUUGUGGAAAUGGACGGGUUUACUACUCAAGAAAAUGUCGUUGUUCUAGCUGCUACCAAUCGUAUUGAUAUUCUUGAUCCAGCACUCCUCAGACCUGGUCGUUUCGAUCGCCAAAUAUAUGUAUCAUUGCCCGACAUCAAAGGUCGUGCAUCAAUAUUUAAGAUACACUUAAAACCAAUUAAAUUAGCGGAUGAUAUGCAACUUGUAGCUCGUAAAAUGGCUGCUCGCACCCCAGGCUUUUCUGGUGCAGAUAUUGCAAGUGUGUGUAAUGAGGCAGCGUUGAUUGCUGCUCGAGAAGACGCUCAUAAUGUCAAUCUGAUCCAUUUUGAUAAAGCCAUCGAUCGUGUGAUUGCUGGUUUAGAAAAGAAAAGUCAGGUGUUACAACCUGAAGAGAAAAAAACAGUUGCAUAUCAUGAAGCUGGGCAUGCGGUCGUUGGUUGGUUUUUAGAACAUUGUAAUCCAUUGCUGAAAGUAUCAAUAAUUCCUCGUGGUAAAGCUCUUGGCUAUGCUCAGUAUCAACCUAGGGACAUAUAUCUGCGUACUAAAGAGCAAAUGUUAGAUGAAAUGUGUUUGGCGUUAGGAGGUCGAGCAAGUGAAGAAGUAUUUUUUGGUAAAGUUGGAAGUGGAGCAGUUGAUGAUUUACAGCGUGUGACUCGUUCAGCGUAUUCUCAAAUUGUGCAACUAGGAUUUAGUGCAAAAGUUGGGUUGCUAAGUUUUGAUUUACCUCAGCAAGGGGAUAUGGUUCUGACUAAACCAUAUUCUGAGCAUACUGCACAAAUAAUAGAUGAAGAAGUUCGACAACUUGUUCAGUCAGCCUACGAAAGAACCUUAACUAUAUUGAAGGAAAAAAGACAGCUUGUUGAAAAGUUGGCUCUACGCUUACUGGACAAAGAGCAAUUGCAAAAGGAAGACUUAGUUGAAGUAUUAGGUCCAAGGCCGUUUGCAGAGAAAAGCACAUAUGAGGAACUCGUUGGUCCUGGCUCCUUGGAUGAAGACGUGUCGCUUCCUCCUGGACUUAAGGAUUGGAAUAAAGAUCCAGAUUCUAAAUCGAAGUCUUCAGAAAAUUGCAUAUAG